GCCCCCCGGUCUGGUGCCAAGGGCCUGAGGGCGCAUGCUAGGAGGCCCCAGGCAGGCCCUCAGCCCAGCUGACCCUGAAGGACACUGGGGUGUCCCCCAGGCCAGGGAAAGGGUCCCUGUCAGGGGGGCUUUCUCUGUGGUCCGGCGCUGUGUCAAGCUCUGCACUGGUCAUGAGUACGCAGCAAAGAUCAUCAACACCAAGAAGCUGUCAGCCAGAGAUCACCAGAAGCUGGAGAGAGAGGCUCGAAUCUGCCGCCUUCUGAAACAUUCCAACAUUGUGCGUCUCCACGACAGCAUCUCUGAAGAGGGGUUCCACUACCUGGUCUUUGAUCUGGUGACAGGUGGGGAGCUCUUCGAGGACAUCGUGGCCAGAGAGUACUACAGCGAGGCGGAUGCCAGUCACUGCAUCCAGCAGAUCCUGGAGGCGGUUCUCCAUUGCCACCAAAUGGGGGUCGUCCACAGGGACCUCAAGCCUGAGAACCUGCUCCUGGCCAGCAAGUGCAAAGGGGCUGCAGUGAAGCUGGCGGACUUCGGCCUGGCCAUCGAGGUGCAGGGGGACCAGCAGGCUUGGUUUGGGUUCGCUGGCACGCCAGGCUACCUGUCCCCAGAGGUCCUGCGCAAGGAAGCAUAUGGCAAGCCGGUGGACAUCUGGGCGUGCGGGGUGAUCCUGUACAUCCUGCUUGUGGGCUACCCGCCCUUCUGGGACGAGGACCAGCACAAGCUGUACCAGCAGAUCAAGGCGGGGGCCUAUGAUUUUCCAUCCCCCGAGUGGGACACCGUCACUCCUGAAGCCAAAAACCUCAUCAACCAGAUGCUGACCAUCAACCCCGCCAAGCGCAUUACCGCACACGAGGCGCUGAAGCACCCAUGGGUCUGCCAACGCUCCACUGUGGCCUCUAUGAUGCACAGGCAGGAGACUGUGGAGUGCCUGAAGAAGUUCAAUGCCCGAAGAAAGCUCAAGGGUGCCAUCCUCACCACUAUGCUGGCCACAAGAAAUUUCUCAGUGGGCAGACAGACCACCGCUCCAGCCACAAUGUCCACCGCGGCCUCCGGCACCACCAUGGGGCUGGUGGAACAAGCCAAGAGCUUACUCAACAAGAAAGCGGACGCGGUGAAGCCCCAGACGAACAGCACCAAAAACAGUGCAGCUGUGACCAGCCCUAAGGGGACACUCCCUCCAGCCGCCCUGGAGCCUCAAACCACCGUCAUUCAUAACCCUGUGGACGGGAUCAAGGAGUCGUCGGACAGCACCCACACCACCAUAGAGGACGAAGACACAAAAGCCCUCAGGGUCCCUGACGUCCUGAGCUCCACGAGGAGGGGCUCGGGGGCCCUGGAAGCUGAAGGCCCCCUGCCCACUCUGUCCCCCAGGCUCUCUGACAUCCUGAACACAGUGAAGAGGGGCUCAGGGGCUCUGGAAGUCCAGGGCCCCCCAUCCUGCCCAUCUUCGGCUCUCCCAGGCCCCCUGCCCACCCCAUCGCGGAAGCAGGAGGUCAUCAAGAUCACGGAGCAGCUCAUCGAGGCGGUCAACAGCGGGGACUUCGAAGCCUACGCGAAAAUCUGUGACCCAGGCCUGACCUCGUUCGAGCCUGAAGCCCUGGGCAAUCUGGUGGAAGGGAUGGAUUUCCACAGAUUCUACUUCGAGAACCUGCUCGCCAAGAACAGCAAGCCCAUCCACACGACCAUACUGAACCCGCACGUGCACGUCAUCGGGGAGGACGCUGCAUGCAUCGCCUACAUCCGCCUCACGCAGUACAUCGACGGGCAGGGCCGGCCCCGCACCAGCCAGUCCGAGGAGACACGCGUGUGGCAUCGCCGUGACGGCAAGUGGCAGAACGUGCACUUCCACUGCUCGGGCGCGCCCGUGGCCCCGCUGCAGUGAAGAGCCGCGGCCGGCGUCGCGGGACAGACUCGGUGUUUGGAGCCCGGCCGCCAAGGUGGCCUGCCUGUCGCAUGUUUGUGUCUGCCUCGUUCCUCCCCUGGUGCCUGUGUCUGCAGAAAACCAAGACCGGAUGUGAUUUCUUUUUAACAACAAGACGACAACAACCACAGAAACAAUUGAUGUUGGAUGAAACGGGGAAAAAAAAAAAAAAAAAAGGAAAAAGCUG